UUGUCCUUUCCGGCCGGGCUUCCUCAAAGGUCCUGCUAAGCUUCGAUUGAUUCGAUAUCAUGAACGAGCUGCAGCAGAAAUUGUCCAAGCGUCGUACAUACGUGGAGGAGAGUGGCCUGAAGUUUGAAAGCCAGCCAGCUGCUCAUGAGGCCGUUAUGGGAACACCAUCAUCGCCGUACAAAACCUGUGCAGCACCGCCAAAGCAUUGCGGAGUAGGUGUGGACUUCCAGGCUGCCAUCAGCCGCCGCCGAGCCACGGUGGAUGGAGAUGGUGAAACCUUCGAAAGCACUCCCUCUGUGAAGACCGCAGAUGCUGUUGCGAGCCCGGCCUUGAGCAUGAGCCCACCAGGUUUCGUGCCCAAAGGUGGCUCUGCAGAUUUCAAGAAGGUCAUUGAUCAACAGCGUGCCACCGUGGAUGAAGGUGCCAAGACCUUUGAAAGCCUUCCAGCCGAACGGACGGCAGACUGCGUCUCGAGCAUUCGGAGCGAGACAAUGCAAGUGCCACUCCUUGCAGAGAAGUUCCAGGCACAGGACGCCCAGGAUGAACUCACAGAUGCAGAUGGCACCCCACAUGGAGCCGAUGUCGAUGCUGAGGAUGAUGGUGAUGAAUCAGAUGGCGCGAGCCAAGCGCAUGCUGAUCCGGAGGAGCCAACGAAGACCGUCCUCACCGUCACGCCCGCUCGGGUGUCAUGGUUAGUUGGACUCAGCCAUCCCCUGGCCGCAGAAUAUCACAGUGACAGCUUUGCCAUCAAGGAUUGCGAGCCGGUCCACCUGCGACUUGAGACCUUGGACGGUGGCUGCAGACUUUCCGUCCAGGCGCCCGAAGGUGUUGAGCAAGAUUUGCAGGUGAAGCUUUUCGUUGGCAAAGGAUGGAGAAAGAAGGCCUUCAGGACUUGGAACGGAGAUAGUGCCAGCAUAGUGGAGGACUUUGGCACCGAUCUCACCCACAGGAAUUCCAUCCUGUGUGGCGUGAUCUUCAAGGCCAAGGUCGCUCGGCAAGUGUGAAUCGCCCAGCUGGCGGUCUCACAUUCAGGUUGAGUCUGUGAACCCUGCGUUGCUGACAAUGUCUGACACCUAGACAGCUUGACGCAGCUUGACGCAGCUUGACGCAGCUUGACGCAGCUUGACGCAG